ACAUAUUCAGAGGUUAAACGUUACCACCAAAGUUAAAGCAGCAUUGAAGUGCGGUCGCCAUUGUUACUCAGCUAAUAGUGCAGACUUCUGCAUGUCAGUACAGCAGCAUGGGUCACGGAGCCCAUUAUAGAGUCCUUGAUGAAAGUAACUUGUUUUUUCCUUCUUGUUGGUUGUGUGUAAUAAAUCGCAAGCUGUACUGUUGGAUCGGGGGAAGUUCAGUGAUUGGAGCGUUCAUAAAGAGAUGAUGUCUGCGCUGAUGGGAAGAUCAUUUCACAACAAACAAACUCAUCACUUCUCAGAAGAAAAAAAAAAACAUUCACACCCAACUGGUUGCACACUGCGCGGACUCUGCCAAGGAGUCCCACUCUCUCGCAGAGGUCCACAUACUGGAAGUAACAGGAGAGGGACGGUGGAGCACAGCUUCUAUACUGGGAUACGGCUCUUUCCUGGUAGCCAGCGGAGGGAGCCCGACCAGCUGGUGUCAGUAGGUCAGAGUGUUUUUCUCACACAGGGACUCAUUAGCGAGUGAACUCAUAUGCACAGGAAGCCUCUGAGGGAAUGGAGAUAGAGAGAGAAAGAGAGAGUAAAAAAAAUAGACAAAGCCCGCUGACGCAGAAGUAUUGAGGUCUCCGCUCGACCACAUGCAGCUGAAGAGCUCCGUUCGUGAAAGGGUGGAUUGUUUCUGAGAGGGGAAGAGUUGCCCAUCAUCGGGGAACCGCCGAGGGGCAGAAUGUCACGACGGGACCAGCGGUUUCGCAGAGGAACGAAAGGACGGUGUUAUGAAUGUGGCUGCAUCCUGUCUCACUGGUACUAUGAAAGAGAGGCACAGCUGUUCUGUAAGAAGCACUACUGGGCCCGCUACGGAGAGCACUGCCACGGCUGCCAAGAGACCAUCUCAAAAGGACUCAUUAUGGUUGCUGGGGAUCAAAAGUACCACCCUGAAUGCUUCACUUGUGUGAGCUGUGAAAUGUUCAUUGGAGACGGAGACACCUACACGCUUGUGGAACGCACCAAACUCUACUGUGGCCACUGUUUCAGACAGGGCGUAGGCUCAGCUACGAGGUCAGCUUCCCCACUGGCCAAGAGUCCUCACAUGGUGGCACUGGUGUCCCUCCCUCCUCUUGCAGGUGGCCAGCGAGCCAUGACCUUCGCCACUGAUCUCAGCCAAGAGAACGGCCCUCUUGUCACUGUGACGGGGUUAGACCCAGCUGCCCUCAGCCCCGACCUGCUGUCGUCCAUCCACAACGGUGACCGAGUACUAGAGGUCAACGGGAUCCCUGUCCUCAACAUGUCCCCAGACGAGCUGAACGGCGUGAUCCAGGACACAAGCAGACCGCUGCAGCUGACCAUUGAACACAACCCGCUGUCUCCAGAUGACCUGCUUCCCUCACACGGUGCACAGGAUGACCUCGGCUCUCCUGACCCGCGCGUCCGGGAUAAACUUUCCCCAGCACACAAACUCCCAAGUCUGGACGAGGAGCCAAGUCCAGGGGAUGAGACGGACGGACCAAUCAGCCUCUCGUCCCCUCAGCACCAGGGAACCAUGGGAAUGCGAUCCAGACAUAUUCUGCGCAGCUGUAGUAUAGAUAAGUGUCCGAUGUCCACUGGGGCGCUGUCGCUUUUAUCUCAGAGGAGAGACAUGGUUCGCUCAGAGUCUCUUCGUGUCGACCCUGGAGAUCGGACCCAUCGCAUCUUCAGACCUUCGGACCUCAUCCACGGAGAAGUGCUUGGAAAGGGCUUCUUUGGACAAGCUGUCAAGGUAACGCAUCAGGAGACGGGGGAGGUGAUGGUGAUGAAAGAGUUGAUACGUUUUGACGAAGAAACCCACAGGACUUUCUUAAAGGAGGUGAAGGUGAUGCGCUGUCUGGACCACCCCAAUGUCCUCAAGUUCAUUGGACUGUUCUAUAAAGACAAAAGAAUAAAUUUCAUCUCUGAAUACAUCCAAGGAGGAACGGUCAGAGAAACCAUCGUAAAAAUGGAGGAGGACUUCCCCUGGAGUACAAGAGUAGGUUACGCCAAAGACAUCGCAGCUGGAAUGGCCUAUCUACACUCCAUGAACGUUAUCCACCGGGAUCUAAAUUCACACAACUGCCUGGUCCGGGAGAACCAAUCUGUGGUGGUGGCAGAUUUUGGCCUAGCCAGGCUGGUAAUAAAGGAGAGGAAUCAGUCGGCAACAUCCUCAAUGGAGCGGCCCGUGAGGGGCACGUUGUCAGAGCUCCGCAGGCCCGACCGGAGGAAGCGCUACACCGUGGUGGGGAACCCCUACUGGAUGGCCCCUGAGAUGAUCCAUGGGAAAAGCUACGACGAACGGGUGGACGUCUUUUCGUUUGGUAUCAUGAUAUGCGAGAUCAUAGGCAGAGUGAAUGCUGACCCUGACUACCUGCCUCGUUCAAAUGACUUUGGGCUUAAUGUAGCCGGUUUCCUGCAGCAGUACCACCCUUCCCAUUGCCCCCCGGCCUUCCUGCCCCUGGCUGUCCUCUGCUGUGACAUAGAUGCUGAUCAACGUCCCUCCUUUGCAAAGCUGGAGGAGUGGCUUGAAAACCUGCUGAUGCACUUGAACAUCGGCCUGCCUCUGCUCUCCGAGUUAGAGCAGCAGAGCAGAGUUUUCUGGCACAAUCACAAUCAUCAAAGGCCCUGCCACAACCAGGACGACACCCUGGAUGGUCAAGAAAGAACCCGGCGUUCAGAGCCACGAAGACAGAGCUGCGGCCCCAUUCAGCAUUCGGACGAUGCCAAUAACCACACAGAGCUUCAAACCAAGAAAAGCAUACCCGAAAGCCAUUCGGAGGGAGAGCCACCCACACGUGACCUGACAGGUUACAGGUCUGAAACCAAUGAACGCGCUGACCCCUCAGGAAAAAAGAAAGCCGAGGACGAGCCUUUCCAACCGCCGCAGGUCAACCUCACGCUGCUGGGUCGUACCAACAGGCCCAGAAGGACAUGCAGAGUGCUGUGGGACACGUCUACAGAGGACAGCUCUUUUCUCUGACUGCACAGCACAUGCUCUGAGGGAGAAUAGUAUUUAUGAAGACAGUUGUGCCUUUUCAAACUAAUGGGAAAGCUGUGAAAGUUCUUAAAAAACGAUGGGAUCUAUUUUUAUGAAAAGCAGUUCAUAUUUGUAUGCUGCUUGAUGUAAACUGCAUAGCACGUUACCUUUGCUCGUAUUUCUCUGGAAACCAGUAUUUUAGGAUGUUUCAGAAAGAGCCCAACCAAUACUAGAUUUAGUUUAAAAUUCCACAACGUUUGGCAGCGCCCUCUGGUAGACAGACUACGUAAUGGCAACGCGGUUUCUGAAUGACCUCAGUCAUAUCUUUAGCAUUCUAGUGCUACAGUUUCUAUUUACUUAUCAGAAAACAUCUAUGAUGCUAAUAAGAAUUGGUUGGCCAAAGUAUCGGUUGAGUUACAGUGUCAACAAGCUGUGAGACACAUGGCACUUUAUACCUGCAGUUACACUGCAUAGGUUUAAUAUUUAUGGGAAUGCCUUUUGUAUUUUCCGUUAAAAUAUUCUCACACAUAUUUUUCAUAGUGAGCAGUGAACAUAUAAAUGUAUGUAACUUAAUAAAGUGAAACAAAUGAAUUUGGUUAAAUCAAAAUCACUACCAUUGAAGCGCAGUAUAUAUAUUAUUCUUUAGAACGUAACAUGAACUGAAUCACCUCUUUUGGGCUCAAGAGGUGGUUCUGAUGCUAAUUUUUGCAAAUGUUGAAUUUACUACAGACAGAAAACAAAGAAACAUUGAGGCUGAAGGACGAAGUGAGUACACCGAGUGGAAAGAAGCUGUUUUGAAUUUGUGUGGCGAGGAGAUACUUAUGUAUCUCUUUCCAGAAGGCAGCAGGGUGAACCGGUUCAUGGGUGUUUUUUGCCUUUUAAUAACCCUGCAGCUCUUUGCAGGCUCCAAUAUCACUGACACUCAGUAAAUGGGCUCCAAUGACGUUCUGGGCAUUUUAAUCACCUGUUGCCAAGUACAGUUUGUAACGUUCAGACAGCACACUUUCAAUUGCUCCUCUAAAACUUCAAAAAUACACCUGUUUAGUUUUCUUCACCAGAACGGAGAUGUGUGAGGACCAUGUCAGGUGGAUCACCAGGAACUUAAAGAUGGCCAUUUGCUCCAUCGAUGUAGACGGGUUGUAAUUUUGCCAGGAGGGGACUGAGCACACAGCCCUGGGGGGCUCCGGUGUGAGAAGGUCUGGAAAACCAGACAGCGGGUAGUUAAGAG